AUGAUUCCACGCAGUCUUCUUCGAACAGUUUUGACAUCAAAUGUUCAGAUAUCUUGUGGUUUUCAACGUACACUUGGAAUAUUUAGUGGUGGAGCAUCGAAAAAAGCUACCGUUCGAUCAAGAUGUUUUUUUGAUGUCAAUGUUGAUGAUAAACCACUUGGUCGAAUUACAUUUCAACUUUAUAAUGAUGUUGUUCCUAAAACAGCUGAAAACUUUCGAGUAUUAUGUACUGGUGAAAAAGGAUAUGGUUAUAAAAAUUCAAUCUUUCAUCGAGUAAUUCCCAAAUUUAUGCUACAAGGUGGAGAUUUUGAACGACAUAAUGGUACUGGUGGUUAUAGUAUAUAUGGAAAUAAAUUUCCUGAUGAAAAUUUUUUGGUAAAACAUACAAAAGAAGGUCUACUUUCAAUGGCUAAUUCUGGCAAGAAUACAAAUGGUUCUCAGUUCUUUAUUACAACAGUAGCAACCCCGUGGCUUGAUGGUAAACAUGUUGUUUUUGGUGAAGUCGUUGAUGGUAUGGAAACUGUGAAAAAAGUUGAAACAUUAGGUUCACAAUCUGGUCGAACCCAAAAAAAGAUCACAAUUGCUGAUUGCGGUGAAUUACAAAUUGAUCAAAAUCUGAAAUAG